CGCACCGGUGACGACAAUCAGCAUCCGGUAGCUCAGGCCCAUUUUGCUUUCAAAUUGUGAUUCCAGCUUCGGACAUUCAGCUUGCACCAACUUGCACAAACGAAACUCUCACUGCAAGCAUCUUGCCUAGUAGACUUCCCCCCCCCCCCUCCUGCAUCAACACUCAACGGCUCGCAAUUACCUUCGAGUGUGCUGCACUAUCUAUCGCCUGAGUGCUUUUAUUUUCCCUUAUGGGCCACGCGAGGUCCACCUCAGUCCGUGUCGACUUCAACAACUGAGGCUUCUCCAACGUGGCUGCCAUGUUCGAAUAUCAUCGUCCUCUCACAUCAUACUUUUCAUCGUCAGCACGGCCAUUUUCUACCUCUCCCAUCAUUCUCUUCGUCAUCAUCAACGCGAACUGGUGAUGCUUAAUGAAUCCGUCACAUAUCAGAAGCAUCAACUUUAACAUUAGCCCAUGAUGGAGCCGUAUACGCAUAUCGACACUCCACGGCCAUAUCUCAGCUCGGACGGUGGCGAAGACGGUAACGAGGGGGAUGGCGCCUUUCGUUCCUCCAUAGACUUCCUCAGUGUUGACCGCAUCUGCCAUGUCCAGACCGCAGAAAGCAGGUUCGGCGCAGACGUCGGCCCAGACAUCAGAAGUUUUGUUUACGAGCCGUGGCAUAGUUUCGAUAUAGAUGACGACGUCUUGUCAUCAACUGACGACAACACGGAGGAUGAAUUAUCUGAUGAGAUGGAUAGUAUCGAACUCAAUGAACAGGACUUGGGUUUGGGGGUGACUCCUGAUUGGACUCCUGAUAUCGUGGCGCCAUGGGCCCAGUUGGCGACAACUAUGUCUCCCACGCCGCCACCACAAAUACCGAUAGGGUUGCAGGCGCCGGGGGUACCUGAUGAUCUUUUGGCCCAGCUACAAUUGCUGCAACAGCAGAGCCAGCAACAGCAACAGCAGUUCCAGCAGCUUCAGCAACAGUUCCAGCAGAUCCAGCAACAGGGACAGCAACUGCUCCAACAACAGCAGCUCCAGCAACAGGAGGAAGGGGGGCGAGAGCAGGGGCAGCAGAGGUUUCCACGAGCUCAGAGGUUGCGGUUGAAUCUGACUGCUCUGUCACAGAAAUACAACCUUUAUUUCGCAUCUUAUCAAAACAAGAUACACGUCUUCAUCCCCCGGAAGGUCCCGAACAUUCUUCCUCGGCCCUGUUUGGUGCUUAAACCCAAGAAACUGAAGACUGAAUGGCCCGUCAGACCGGCCAUCGACCAGUCGUUCGGCCACCAGAUCAACCACCUUAUGAUCGGAAAUUUGGGCCACCUGGAAGUUCUCUUUUUUGCCUUUGAUGAUGGCGAUGUCGGAGCCUACUACACGCACACAAUUGCCCACUACAUCCUAUCAACGAGUCGACAAAGGGAAGCUAAAGGCAGACCUCCUCCCCGCUCAUUGGUACCUAAAGAGUUUUUUCAUGAAAAUGUGGGCGAAUCUGCCUGGGGGCUUGCGAUCCAUCAAGAAUCACGCCUACUUGCUGUAAGCUCCAACAAGGCAGAAGUCACGGUUUUUGCUUUUGCGCUCCGCCAGAAUCGACCUCAUAAUUUGAAAGAUGAUCCUACACCCUAUUUAGAUCCGUCUCCCCAGAUCUGGCCCGGCCAGACAGCUCUUGGCCUGGAGAGAGACUUCCGGACUCGAACUAGGACGUGGAAGAUUAUCUUACCUCUUGAUGCUCGUGGAAGCAACAUUCCGAACAUAUCCUUCUGUGAUGACGAGCAAGGUUGUGCGGAGUACGUGGUCGCUCAAGACAUAAGGCUGAGGACAUGGUUCCUUGACAUAUGGCGAUUAGGAUAUCCUGCAGUUGAUAUCAUGCAUGAGACGUCCAAGAUGAACUAUGUUACGCCAUCAAAUAUCGGUUGGGGUGUCAUGGUUUUGCCUGAUAGCUGCUUCAAGCAAACAGCGUCUUUGCACGAGUGCCUAGGUCUUCCGCCUGAGGAGCUGUCAGGUGGGACAUUGCGCAGUGCGCAAUUUUGGCUGGACACAACCCACAGCCUUUCCCAUGUGAGGGAUCUGGCAAAUCCUCUCUCAUAUUCCAUUCCCGCGCCCCAUAGUCCUUCAUUCCUCGACCCGAGACGAAUCGCUGGAUUCCCUAUUGAGGAAGAUUUGGAUGAAGAAAGCGGGGCGGACGAAGAGACGGAGAUUUCAGAUGCGGCUAGGCCAUGGACCAACGUUAAUUUUGGGCCUACCGACCGGCGGUCUAUGAUCUUGAACGCUGAACUUCCCCGGCCUCGUCAGGCUCCCCCGGCGUACCUGGAUGAUACCCACGAUGGCAUCCAUCUGGCUCAGUUCAUCGUUCCGAGAUUUGCGCAUGUUCCAGAUGCAUCAAGCCUUAGACGCGAACGAUAUUCGCGCUGGCCUACCCCUGCGGUACCGUUCAGCUACUGCGAUUUCUUUUCGCGCUAUGCGACGAAGAAUAUGUCCAUACUUCUUACCUCUUCGACAGAUGUCUGCUUGCUACACAUGGAUCCCCAGGGUACGCCUGUGCUUUGUAGGCAAGUUCUCCCGCAUUACAACCACCUUAACCGGCAUCAGUCACCAUAUGACCUUCACCGAGACUACUCGCAGCGAAUCGGUAUGCUUCUCCACGUACCAGAGCUCAACCUCGUGGUCCUCGGAUCACUCUGCGGCCGCGUUGCCUUAUUACGUCUAACGAAGACGGCAAAGCUUUUUUACGGUGCCCCAGUACGUCGCGGAUUCCGCGUGGAGAUGGUUUUGCCGCGCCGGUCAGAAGAGGACAAACGAAUGCGUCCGUGGUGUACUCUCCAUGGCAUUGCCAUUUCCCCUAUGCCUGACCCAAGAACAGACUGUAUCUCGUUGCACGGAGAGGGCGACGAAAGCCAAGAACCGGCGUUGAAGAAAUGGAGGCUGGUACUACAUUAUCUGGACCAUACGAUUUUAACAUAUAUCAUUAUGAAAUCAAAGGACGACGAAGACCUACUCGUUGUUUGAACAGAAGCGGGUGUAGAAGCCUUUUAAACCGAAAAUAGGAGCGGUUGAGUAUUACAAAGCGUCCAUAAAGUUGAAGCCUGGGUGCGGGGGUUGGACAUGCUUAUGUCACAAAGCGACAAUAUAUACUACCUAUAGUCUAUACAGACAUUGAAAUUGUGAGCCUCUAUUUCGCAACUUCGCUUACUCUCUGGAAACAACGUAUAAGUCCGCCUGUAUAUCCAUAUCCUCCCCAAAUCAUGUAUCAUCUCUGGGGAAAGCGCCCUUUACCGGCUACACCAACCUGUUUUGAGGCUCAUGUGAGGCUCUUCAAGUUGGCACAACUACCACCUUACAAACGUGGAAGCCAGUGUCCAACGGCACUAUGAAGAUGGCUG